UGUGGGGGGCUCGGGGUGGCGGCAUCUGCCGCGGGGCCGGGCCGGGAAUCGGCGGCUGCGGUGGGAGCGGAGCCUGGGCCGGGAAUCGGCGGCUGCGAUGGGAGCGGAGCCUGCGGGCAGAGGAGACUUCUCGUGGGGAAGUCGCACGAACCAGCGGCCCCGGCGGUGCCGUGGAGCAGCUGGGCCCGGCCGCUGCUCCGAGCCCCCACAGCGGGGUUGCACAGACAAACCAUCGUUGUUAUUGUGUUACCCAUGUACGCUAGGCUGUUUGCAAACGGAACGAGGCUGUCUCUUUAAACCCCGUGCUGCUCGCGCGUUUGGGUGGUCGUCAGUGAGAAGAGGAGAAAUGGCCAAGUCAACCCAGUUAAUUGACAAUGAAGUCUUCCGGGCUUAUGCUACUUAUGCAGCCAUUUGUCUUAUAAAAAUGAUGCUGAUGAGUCUGAUAACAGCAUACUUCAGGAUCACAAGGAAGGCAUUUGUCAACCCAGAAGAUACAGAAUCAUUUGGAAAAGGGGAGAGUGCUAAGAAAUACCUGAGGACUGAUCCAGAUGUUGAACGUGCACGCAGAGGCCACCUGAAUGACCUGGAAAAUAUUGUCCCAUUUGUUGGCAUUGGACUGCUGUAUGCUCUGAGUGGCCCUGAGCUUUCCACAGCCCUGCUGCAUUUCAGGAUCUUCACCGGGGCUAGGAUCCUUCACACUUUUGCAUACUUGAUCCCUCUUCCCCAGCCUGGCAGAGGUUUGUCUUGGGCAGUUGGCUACUCAGUGACCUUCUCCAUGGCCUACAAAGUCCUGAAGACAGCGUGGCUCCUGUAGCAGAGCUGGAGUUUCUGUGUCCCCUUUGACAUUCCACACAAAGUUUCCAGCACUGUACAAUGAUGUCUUGAGUGAGCCAUUGAGUCUUCUGUGGUAACUGGAAUUCUUUUUUUUUUUUAACAAAAGCUUUUUGUUCCUGUUCAGAAGUGUAUCUUUUUUGGGAGGAAAAAGAAUCCUUCUCCCUCUAUUCCCUGUGCAUGGGUUGCACUGCCAAAUACUAGAUUGGAUGUUCCCUUUGCAAUUUGUCAAGUGCUUACAAUUCUAAACAUGAGAUGAUGCUGUAUUGAUAGAGUGUUUGAUAAUUUUCUACAGAUGCACUAUUUUUGGCUGCAGCUCUGAAGUCUAAAUCAAUAAAGACAAGAUUAAAAAAAAAA